GUCCAGAUCCAGCUCUUCUCUUCCAGGUAGCUGAAAAGGUUGUUCUUUUUACUUGAUGACGCCAACGGUAUUGGGGCAGCAGCAACAGCUUUGCUCUUCAAUCUCCAUCACACCCAAAGUGGCAAAAUCCGAUCUGGAAAUAUGUCGGCAUGCCGCAGAAAAGCUUAUACAGGGAUCCUUCAGUCCGGAAAACCUGUUAUUCAUCGCAGCUGGUUUUUUUGGAUUGGCAGCAGAUGACUACACUCUUCAAGCGCGCUGCGGAGCAUUUUGGGGCCAUAGAUAUCGUCAUCGCCAAUGCGGAGAUGAUGUAAUCGCUGCCUGUCUU